AUGAGGCGGGCGAGUGAUGAGUUCGAGGAGCAAGUGGCCAAGAUGGUGCUCACCAUUUCAGCCAGAGACCUUCGAGACACAGAUCUGGAGUCAGUCUCGGAUCCAUUUUGUGUCGUCUCCGUGAUGACAAUGGGACCGAUCACGACAAAGAAAUGGAAAGAACUUGGCCGAACGGAGGUGAUUAACAACUGUUUGAAUCCGGAUUGGGCCACGAAAAUCCAAUUGACUUAUGCUUUCGAAGAGCAACAGAAGCUUUUAUUUGAAGUAUUUGACUGGGAAAAGGCUGGGAAAUCGACUCGAUUGGGUAGUGCAAUGGUGCUUCUUCACGAGAUCGUCGGCGCCAAAUACAAUCGAGUCACCGUGCCACUCGUUAGAUCUUUCUCAUCAACCAGAGAAGACGGUAAACGAUACGGUAGUAUCACGGUGACAGCUGAAGAGAUGGGCUCAGGUCGGCAAGAAUCCGUGUAUUUCAUGUGCAGCGCAACAAAGCUGGAUCGAAAGGAUUUUCUCGGUAAAUGCGAUCCAUUUUUGAAGAUUUCCCGAAUCAACUGGGAUAAUACCUUCCAACUCGCCUACCGAUCACGGUACAGAGAACAAAAUUUGAAUCCCAAGUGGAAACCAUUUGAAGUGCACAUUGAUCAACUUUGUUAUGGUGACAAAAACAGAGCUUUCCUCAUCGAGUGCUAUGAUUGGGAUCAAGACGGAAACCACGAUCUCGUGGGAUCUUGUACCACGACGGUUAAUCGUUUGGUCUCCGGCGAGGACGUUUCGCUUUCAUUGAUUCACGAGAAGAAAGCGAGAAAAAGCCGUAAAUACGUCGAUUCUGGUCAACUUCACUUUCAUCGCGUCUAUUGCUGGCUUGACUUCACCUUUCUCGAUUUUGUUCAUGAAGGAACCGAAUUGGAUUUCACGGUGGCUGUGGACUUUGCGAGCUCAAAUCUGACACCAGAUGAUCCAUCUUCACUCCAUCGAAUUGAACCAGGAACCGCCAAUCAAUAUGAGACAGCCAUUCGAGCUAUUGGAGAAAUUUGCCAGUUCUACAAUGCGAGUAAAGUUUUCAACGGGUUUGGCUUCGCGGCUCGUUUACCCAACUCCGAUCAGACUCUCUAUAAUUUCCCUCUGAAUGUUGAAACGGGUGAGCCACGAUGUGACGGAGUUGAGGGUCUCUUUCGAUCGUAUCGAACCGCUCUUCGACAUGUCGUCCUUUCUGGGCCUACCGAUUUUGCGCCAACGAUCAGAUUUGCUGCUCAACGUGCCGCAUCUCUGCCAGCCAAUGGAAGCAAAUACUGCGUAUUGUUGAUUCUCACCAAUGGAAUUAUUUCCGAUAUGGAGCGCACAAAAGAACAAAUUGUGAAGGCCUCCGGUCUUCCGCUAUCAAUCAUCAUCGUUGGUGUCGGCUAUGAUUCGUUUGAAGAGAUGAAAGUGUUAGACUCUGACAAUCAGCUCUUGUCUUGGCAUGGAAAAUUUGCAAAACGAGAUAUCGUACAAUUCGUUCAAAUGCGAAAUUUUUUGCCCCCUCAUCGGCAUUUGAGCGAAGAAGAGCUGACCGAGGCACGACAACAGCUCGCCAAAGAGGUUCUCCAAGAGAUUCCGAUGCAAUUGACGAGUUACAUGAAAUCUCGAGGAAUCUACCCACUCAGCUAUCGAAAUCAAGGAGAUCUUCACAGCUCUCAAAUGCAAUAUUCAAGAAGUUCCGCUGAAUCAUCAACUACUUCUUCCCCAAAUUUUUCACCCCGACACACAACAGUUGAGCGACGGAUUUCCCCGUUGGCGCGGAUUGGAUCGGCUCAGCCAUCGGGGAGAACCCCGAGGAAUCCCAUUCACGGCUACACAGAUUCGCCUCCACUUUCUGCUCCUCCACUCACAAAUGCGCAAAGAUUUGAAAGCCCUUCCCGUGUCCGCCGUCGCCUACCCCAAGUGCCCAGCGAUCAACUCAACCAAAUGCACAUCUAC